AUGGCUGAAACAUUUAGUUUUGCUCAUUUGGCUUAUUUGGUUUUUGAGUCCGUUUUACAGGUUGUUAUCAUUGCACUCGCUGGGUUUUGGAGUGCUAGUUCUGGUCUGCUACCCAAACAAAGUCAGAAAAUUAUCUCGUUGCUGAAUGUAGAUCUCUUCACACCAUGUCUUAUUUUCAGUAAACUGGCCAAGUCGCUCUCCAUGGCCAAAAUCUUCGAAAUAGCCAUUAUCCCAAUUUUCUUUGGUUUGACUACUGGUAUAUCAUUUAUAUCUGGUAAAUUGAUGGGCCGCAUCCUAGAUCUGGACAAAGACGAGACGAAUUUCGUGGUGGCCAACUCUGUUUUCGGAAAUAGUAACUCCCUGCCUGUGUCCUUAACGUUAUCUUUAGCUUAUACUUUGCCCAAUUUAACUUGGGACCAAAUUCCUAAUGACAACAGAGAUAAUGUCGCAUCAAGGGGUAUUUUAUAUCUGCUUAUCUUCCAACAAAUUGGCCAAAUGCUAAGGUGGAGUUGGGGCUAUAACAAACUAAUGAAAUGGUCCGGAGAGAACACUCAACACAUGCCUCCAUCUCAGGUGCAAUCUCUGUUGGAGAGAACCCCCAAUAUUGAUAAUGAAGAAAUUGUCAAUGAAGAACAGGAGGAACAUGAAGAACAAGAACUUCUUGAACAAGAAAAUGCUCGUUUGAAUUCAUCUUAUUUGAGUUCAAGCUCUGUUGGCAACAAGAUCUGGCAAAAAUCAUGCGCUAUAUUCGAAAGGAUCAGAGCCAACUUGAACCCCCCAUUAUACUCCAUGAUCUUUGCUAUUGUUGUGGCGGCUAUCAGUCCAUUGCAAAGAGAACUAUUUAUGGAAGAUGGAUUCAUCAACAACACGUUUGCUGAAGCCGUUGUACAACUGGGUUCCGUUUCUAUCCCAUUGAUCCUGGUGGUCCUUGGCUCUAACUUAUAUCCAUCGGCGGAAGUCUUCCCCAAGACAGUUCACCAUAGCAAACUAUUGAUUGGUUCCAUAGUCGGCAGAAUGAUUUUACCUUCGUGUCUCCUUUUGCCUAUUAUAACCAUUGCUGUUAAAUACAUUAAUGUCAGUAUUUUGGAUGACCCAAUCUUUCUUGUUGUAGGGUUUCUCUUGACGGUUUCCCCUCCUGCCAUUCAAUUAACUCAAAUUACUCAACUAAACGAGUUUUUCGAAGCAGAAAUGGCAGAUAUCCUGUUUUGGGGGUAUGCCGUGUUGAGUUUGCCAGUAAGUAUUAUUGUUGUCUCAGGAGCAAUCUACGUUUUGCAGUGGGCCAAUCCAACUUAA